AUGUCACGAACAACAGCCCUCUCUUCCUUUAUCGAUAGCGCACCGCCGGGUGAGCUCGCGGAUGUCACCAAGGCAAUCAAGUCAAUCCUCGGUGACGACUCUGUACAGAACGAGCUCUCUCCUGCAUUCCAAAAGUACAACGAAGAGCAAUUCGCUACGACCAAGCUCCCCGGCGGAAGCACUGAGGUCCUAGUCAGCCAGUACAACUCGCUGGGCGACGGCAGGUACUACGACAUUGACACGCAGAGCUCGUUUGAUUUCGACCAUGUCACUGGCAAGGCAAGCGCCGUGCAGAGCUACGUAAUAGAAACUGCCAAUGACGACCUUCUCAAGAGCCUCAACAAAGCCCUGAGCACACACGCUGCAGAACACUACCCCAAGUCCUCACACGGCGUGUACCCAAUCCCCUCAUCCUCCAACUUCGCCAUCAUCACCGUCGCAAACAAGUACUCGCCCACAAACUACUGGAACGGCCGCUGGCGCAGCUCAUACAUCUACGACUCAUCCUCGGGUAGCAUCACAGGCAGCAUAAAAGUCGACGUGCACUACUACGAAGAUGGUAACGUGCGCCUGCUUACCACCAAGGAGAUCAGCGUUAAUGGUAGCGGCGCCAGCGGACCGGAGGUCGUGAGGAAGAUUGCGGCUGAGGAGAAGAAGUACCAGGAGGAUUUGAACAAGGCGUUUGCCAGUUUGAGUGAGGGCGCGUUCAAGUCGCUGAGGAGACAGCUGCCGAUUACCAGGCAGAAGAUUGAGUGGGAGAAGAUUAGUGGGUACAGGUUGGGUCAGGAUAUUGGCGGUGGAAGGAGGUGA